AUACACAAAGAGUAAUGUCGAGUAUAAAUUUAGCCCAUUUUCAUGAUGAAAAUAGCCAGGUUCCUGCCAUUUGGUGGACCAUGUUUGAAAAUUAUAUUAAGCUUCAAAAUUAUCAAAAUGAGGCAGCUUUAGCUGCAUUUUCAUUUCAUGUCGAGGGACAAGCCUCAACAUGGUAUCACUCAUUACCAACAGCAACUCGUGAUGAUCUCACAAAUUUGAAAGCUGCUUUUCUUGACAGAUUUAAGCACCACAAUACGAACAAUGAGUUGUACCGCCUAAAACAACAUCCACAUGAGACCGGUAUACAGUACCUUACUAGAGUGCAAAACCUAGCAAGUGGUGCACAGAACAUUAGCGAACAGACAAUUGUUGGGUUAUGCAAAAAUGGGCUUAACCCAGAUAUCAAACCAUUUGUGGUAGGGAAAGAUCCGAAAACAAUUAAUGAAUUGAGAGAAGCGAUCUACCUCGCAACUAGUGUAGCAGAAUGUAAAGCUAGUGAUGUAAACACAAACAAUACAAAUAUAUCUACACAAAAUGUUCAAAAAUCAAAUGUAGAAAGUGUUAAUAAUGUUCAUUCUAUUAAUGAUUUAUGUUCUUCUUUAGUAGAGGGUAUUAGAUCAGUUUUUCAAGAACAAGUGAUGGCAGUGGGUGUACCUCAUGGGGAUCAAAACAGGCAAAAUUACAGUCAAAAUUAUAGAGGAUCAAGGCAGCAGUCACUGACCAAAUGCAAGUUUUGUGGAGUUAUAGGUCUUGCCAGGAUUUUUAUAUGGUUGUGGAUAAUGAUAUGUGUGUCAGCUGACAAGGUGAACCAGAUACAGCGUAUCAAUUAUGGAGUAGUGUUUGAGAGACAACAAAAUUUACUUUCCGGUCGUGAAAAUUGGCUUCACACUUUCAAGAUUCCCCUUCCUAGCAAGCAAACUGGUGAAAACUUUGAACAAUGUGAUAUUACACAUCAGCAUUGUUAUAUCUUAAACCAAGUCUUAUCACAAUUAUCUGCUAUCAGAACCCACGUGUCAUCAGAUGUGAAUCACACAGUUGAGGUGAUUCAUCAACUUAUUCCACAUAUUGAUAUUGAAGACAAAUCCAAUUCAGAAUCUAGACUAAAGCGUGGAUUAUUUGAUUUUAUUGGCUCAAUUUCCAAAUCUCUGUUUGGCACAGCAACUACUAAGGAUGUAAAUAGAUUGGCAAAACAUGUGAACAUUUUAAUUAGAAGAAACAAUGAAUUUGCAAAAGAUAUUACACAUCACGAUAAAUUGUUAUCAUCAUAUAUGUCAAAAACAAAUAAGAGAUUUGACAAUAUUAUAUUGGGUAUAAAAAACAAUUAUGAAGGUAUUCAAAAUAUCACUCAAGAAACUGCAAAAUUCAUCUCUCAAUUUGAGAAAAUUAGCAUCAAAUUGUCAAAAUUUUUACUCAAACAAAUGAAUGAAACAGCUGAAAUUAAUAAAUAUCUAGAAGAACUCAAAAUAGCUGUACAUGAAUUAGUUAAAGGCAAUUUAUCACCAUUUUUAAUUUCACCACAGAAUCUCAAACAUACCAUUCAACAUAUUCAAUCUAUAUUAAAUGACAAAUUCAAAGGUUUUUACUUAAAUAAUGUGAACCCAUCAUAUUAUUGUUCACAAGCUAACAUUUUAUAUACAAGACAUCACAAAAAUUUAUUCAUAAGCAUUAAAUUUCCAAUCACUACAUUUGUGAAUCCACUCACUUUAUACAAAAUAAAUUCAUAUCCAGUACCUAUAAAUACAACCAGCAAUCAUGCCACUCAAUUAUUAGAUCUUCCACAGUACUUAGUUAUCACAUCUGACAACAGACAAUAUGCAGAACUAUCAGACGAAUUUGUAAAAGCAUGUUCAGGAAUAGAUACACUGUACUGUACACAAACUUUUCCUUUACUUUCAUCUGUUUCACCAAGUUGUUCCUUUGCACUACUGUUCAAUGACAAAGAAACUGUACAUUCGAAUUGCAAUUUCCGAUUUCUCACCAAUAUCAUACAGCCAGCAGUCAAAGAAAUAACUGACACAAGUUUACUUGUUUACAAAACCAAAACACUUGCUUUUGACUGUCCAUCAGGUCAUAAAAUUGAAAAAGGAUGUUCCUUUUGUAUAAUACAUGUUCCAUGUCUCUGUUCUGUUAAAACAGAUUCAAUAUUUAUACCUGCAAAAAUAGGAUUGUGUGAUAACAAUACCAACACAGUUACUAUAGUACACCCUGUAAACCUAGCACUAAUUCAACACUUUUUCUCAUCAGAAACUUACAACUCAAUAUUAGGCGACACAGUUUUUACAGAACCAGCAGAUAUUACACUUCCAAACCUUCAUUUUUACAACCAUACAUUUAAUUCAGUCAUUGCACAAGACAAUAAUUUACACUUAAGCCUAAAAAGAAUAGCAGAAACAGCUAAAGCUGACAGAAAAAUAUUUACCUCAUUGUCAGAACCAUUACUUGAUGGUGAAAUAGAUAUUGAUGAUUCUUGGCCGAACACAAAUGAGAUGAUCUCCUUGAUAUCUCUUGUAUUAUCAAUACUUUUGACAAUAGCAUGUGUUAUACUGUUCAACAAAGUUCGUGCAUUGACAACAGCACUCAUACUGUUACAAAAAGCUCCAUCAUCAGCUGCAUUUGUGACACCACAAACACCACCUACAUUUCAUUACAUGCAAUCACCUAUAUCAACAACUCAAAAUUAUGAUUCUUUAUUAUCACCACAGUUAAAUCAGUGGCCAUCAAUAGUGUUGGCAACCAUAACAAUUAUCUCAUUUGUUGGAGUAUUGCAUUAUCUGUAUAAACAAGUAUGCACAAAACAUCACACAAAACUCAUACUUGAAAUCAGCAAUGGUUUAACAUGCUUGACAAUACCAGUUGUUAAUUUACCUUUAUGUCCAUCAGAUUGGGAUAUUGCUACACCAAAUAACAUAACAAACAUGAGAAUAUCUGGUACUUUUUAUACAAAACUACAUGUUGAAAUGUCAGGCUUAAGCAUAGUUAAUGUACACACAAAACAACAAAUCAAGGUACCUAACACUUUUACAGUCAAUCCAAUUAAAGCCAAAAUGUUGAAAAACAUUUUUAAAUCACCAUUCACAUCAUACAUUUUAGUUGUACACAACAAUUUUUUCAAGGUUGUUUAUUGAUUGCCAUAGUUGCGUGUAUUGCCUCAAUAGGAACAAUAGUACGAUGCAAUUCUUUCAAAGAUAUACCUCUUUAUUCAAAUUUUACAUUGUGUGACAUAAAACAUUUAUAUUUGGCUUGUAUGCUUGUAUGCUGAAAAAGGGCACAAUAUCCUAUUAUUUCAUGUGACUUGUUGCAAAUAUGUAUUUCAGAAGUGAAUGUUAUCUUGAUCCCAGAGGGAAAUUUGUAGAAUUUGGAUACUUUUUACUUAAUUUCUUAUGUUCUUUGAGGACAAAGAAUCUUUAAGGACGGGGAUAUUUGUGAUAGGGAAAAAUGCACCAUCACUUUUCUUAUAGAUCUUUUACAUAUUUUUACGAUAGUUUUAAUAGAAAUGAGUUUUGAAUUAUUUUAUAAAUAAAAGAAUUUCACUGUGGUCAUGUCACCCAACUUUUAUAAGUUAAUUUUAAAAGAGAUUAUAUAGAAUACUAGAAUUUGACAAAGAAUUAAAAUAGCUGUUAUUUGACAUUUUUCUACAAAAGAAUUACAAAAGCUAUAAAUUAGAGUAUAGUAUAUUAUCUAUUAGCGAUAGCAAAUAUUAUGUAACCUUUAACAAUAUGUUGGAUUAGCAUGUCCGGAUUAAGACCACGCUAUCCUAGAAUUGAGCUCUUAGGUGACAUGGGGCCAGUGACAGGGUUUAUGAGAUAUUUUCCUUUGUGUACAUAAUUAUUUUACCUUGAUUGGGCCUCACCUGGGAAUGAAACAAAACUUGUAUUUUAUGAAAUUGUGGUCACUUGAACAUUGACCAGCAAUUAAUAAAGAUCUAUUAUUUUACAAAGAAUUGGUUUUUCAUUCCAGGUGAGUGUCACUUUAUGUUUUAUAAGUUGAUAUUUUUAGAUAAAUAUUUUCAUGUUUAUGCUUGGAUAUUUUAAAUGAAUAUUUUCUACAUGUUGAGAUAUUAGAAACUAAAGAGGGUAUAGUUGCAUCCGUAACAGCUUAAUUGAAGUUAAAAGUAUUUUUACAUUUAUAGAAUUUUCUAAUGUAAAUAGUUAUUUUUAGAGACAAAGUCUUAAGUUUUCUAUUAUUGAAUUUAGCAUUUUUAUCAUUCGUUUUAACUAUCUAAUUGUAAUGUUUUAAAUAAAGCGACUUUGUACAUAUUUUUGAUAGCCGUAAAGUUUAAUUAUUUGAAAGACAAGACUUUCUCAUAUUAGUCAUUUGCUUUAUCAUGUAAAUAUUAUUUAGCG